UUUCAAAAUUUUGAAGAGCAGGCGCAUGCGAAAGUAAUAGGAAAAUCACGCACUGGCUAAGCCUAAGCGGAAGUUGUACCUACGAGCAUUGCAAAAGGUGCCUUAGCUGCGAGUGAGCGCCUGCGGUGGACAGGAAAAUUUUCAGAAGAGAGUUUGGAUGAAACCCCAGCUUCCACCUAGCUCAGUAAUACAAGUACACACCACGACAAGUCCAAGUAAUAUAGCACUGGGGAUUAUACAACAGUAGUAGAAUAGUGUCCAUGGUAGAAGAGUGAAGCAGUCGGGCAGAUUCUGAAGAGAAGGUCUUCCACCGCUUUGCUGGAACCGGCGCGGUAGUUGAUUCGUUUGUAGCGCUCAUUAUUCGCUUGUGCAGAAUUGCAACCCCCUCUCCAGAAGGGAGAUCGCGCCGCGAAGAUGAUUCACUUCAUAGAUGGGAAGAGGCUGCUUCUCGCGGUAUUGCUCGCUGGUUUGGGCUGUGUGGCAGUGCAAGUUACUGAAAUAGGAGACAGUCUCUCCUUAAUGUUGCCAGGCGAUGACGCGAAGAAAUUUUCAAUAGAGAAGCGGCGAAAUGUGAUGGAUGCCAAGCCAGGUUUCCCUCUACUGUGACUUUGAAGAUUCUUACUGUGACUUUGAAGAUUUUUCCUUGCUAUAAGAGCUAAUCAAUGUUGGUAGUAUCGGUCUCUCACCUGCUGCUUCUGAAAAGUUUUAAUCAUAGAGCAUGAUCAAGCACUUCGUCGUAUGGAUCAAGCAGUGCAAUUAUGGGCUCGUUAAGCUACACGAAGAUAAAAAUGAAGCGACCACGGAAUUGGAAACUAUCUAGGUCUCCGUACAUGGAUGCUAGAAGUGUUUUCCGCCAGUCUGGCGAUACGAUUUUCCCUGGCAGUGAUUUUGGUCGGGUCAGUGCUCUGCGGGCUGCAGUAUUUCACGCAAAGGAGCCAGCUUGAACAGAUGGCGUCAGAAGGUACUACUCUAUUUUUGUACCCGGGUUAUAAUAGCUUGUCUGAUACGCUCCUGUCUGGGACGUGUUUGUCUAUUGUACCCGAGUGUAAUGUCUUGUAUGCAAAGAAAUCAGUUCAUGUGCCUAUCAUACUAAUUAACAGUAUCAAAAAAAUCAGAAUUUCCCGAUUUUGGAGACGAGGAUGAGGACGAAAGUCGUGAGAGUCAAGUUAUAGCGACGAAAGAAGUCUCGGACAGUGCCACAGAUGUCGAGACCGCAGAGCCAGAGCCCAGAAGUGCCCGUUCUUCCGCGGCAUCGGACGAUGGCGGUGUAUAAAUUCGAACUAUAUGAUAGAAGCCUUCACCGAAGUACCGGUAAAUUGGUGGGUCACAGCUAUCGUGCCUGUUUCACCCACUUAUGGAUUGAUAUGAGUAGAUUUUGAACGUGAAAAUCGAAUGGAUCAGACCAGGACAAGGAAGUAGUACUUUCUUUGAGUUUUUGUGAUUGUACUAUAGAUUUUGGCGUCAUGGUAAUAUUGGCUGGAAGCUAAUAAAGUUUCCAAAUGCUAAACUCUUUGUGAAUACAGGGAUAUGUCAUAGUUGAUAAAUUUUCAUUGCCUGGUCUUAAUAGAAAUGUCACGUCACAUGAUGAUAACUGCGGGUCCCUUCUUUCUUGAUAAUGAAUUCAAAAAGUACUUGUUGCCCGACCUGGACUUUCUAGAAGCACUUUCAGAUCUAGUCUUUACGGUCAUCAGGAAAUUUGGCAACAGCGACAUAUGCAUGCAUUGCUGCCCGGCUGCAGCGAACUUGCACGACAUAGAUUUUCGAAAUAUGUAACUUGCCACACGUGUCUCCAAGAGAUCACAGACUGUACUCGUAAGUAUCUUUGCACGGCAUAGAUGCUGAGAUUCCUAUCGCGAGAUCAUGCGAAGAAAAUGACCCCAGAAAAUACUUCAAAAUUACAAACCACUUGCGAUAUGUGCCUUUUCUACCGUAGCAUCUCUGAGAUUGACACAGACACACACACACACACACAGACACACGCACACGAUUACCAGUGGAUAUGUUCGUAGUCACUGUCGUUAGCUGAGUGCAGGUAU